UGACUCCGUGUGUUGUGCCGUGAGCCCUGCUGCUGGGCGCUGGGACAAGCUCCGAAGUUGCGACAUGCUUCACUCGAGAAGAAUGGGCUUUGCUGGAUCCUUCACAGAAGAGUCUCUACAAAGAUGUGAUGGUGGAGACCUACAGCAACCUCACUGCUAUAGGCUAUAACUGGGAAGACCAUAAUAUUGAAGAACAUUGUCAAAGUUCUAGAAGACAUGCAAGGCAUGAAAGAAGUCCUACUGGAGAGAAACCCUGUAAAGGUAUUCAAUAUGGUGAAUCCUUUUUACACAGCAGUCUCCAAAUACAUAAAAGAGCACAUACUGGAGAGAAGCCCUAUGAAUGUAAUCAAUGUGAUAAAGCCUAUUCUCGAUACAGUUAUCUCCGAAUACAUAAAAGAACACAUACUGGAGAGAAACCCUAUGAAUGUAAGCAGUGUACUAAAGCCUUUGCAUGCCAUGGUCAGCUUCGAAGGCAUGAAAGAAUUCAUACUGGAGAGAAACCUUACAAAUGCAAUCAAUGUGAUAAAGCCUUUUCACGACACAGUCAUCUCCAAAUACAUAAAAGAACACAUACUGGAGAGAAACCCUAUGAAUGUCAUCAAUGUGGUAAAGCCUUUGUAUGUUCUAGUCAUCUCCAAAUCCAUAAAAGAACACAUACUGGAGAGAGACCCUAUGAAUGUAAUCAAUGUGGUAAAGCCUUUUUAUGUCACAGUAGUCUCCGAAUACAUAAAAGAAUACAUACUGGAGAGAAGCCCUAUGAAUGUAAUCAGUGUGGUAAAGCCUUUGCAUCUAUCAGUAGUCUUCAAUACCAUAAAAGAACACAUAGUGGAGAGAAGCCCUAUAAAUGUAAUCAAUGUGGUAAUUCCUAUUCACAACCAUGUAUUCUUAAAAGCCAUAAAAGAACACAUAGUGGACAGAAACCCUAUAAAUGUAAUCAAUGUGAUAAAGCCUUUGCAUGUCAUAGUAGUCUUCAAAGUCAUGAAAGAACACAUACUGGAGAGAAACUUUAUGAAUGUAAGCAAUGUGGUAAAGCCUUUACAUAUCAUGGCGGACUUCAAAUUCAUGAAAGAACACAUACUGGAGAGAAGCCGUAUGGAUGUAAUCAGUGUGAUAAAGCCUUUGCAUGUCACAGUAGUCUUCAAAACCAUAAAAGAACACAUACUGGAGAGAAACCCUAUCAAUGUAAUCAAUGUGGUAAAGCCUUUGCAUAUCAUAAUUAUCUUCGAAUACAUAAGAGAACACAUACAGGAGAGAAACCCUAUGAAUGUAGUCAAUGUGGUAAAGCCUUUUCAUGUCAUAGUACUCUUCAAAAUCAUAAAAGAACACAUACUGGAGAAAAACCCUAUGAAUGUAAUCAAUGUGGUAAAGCCUUUGCAUGCUUCAGUAAUCUUCAAAACCAUAAAAGAACACAUACAGGAGAGAAACCCUAUGAAUGUAAUCAAUGUGGUAAAGCCUUUGCAUGUCACAAUGCUCUUCAAAACCAUAAAAGAACACAUACUGGAGAAAAACCCUAUGAAUGUGAUCAAUGUGGUAAAUUCUAUUCAAAUCUACAUAAUCUCAGAAUACAUAAAAUAACACAUACUGGAGAGAAACCCUACGAAUGUGAUCAAUGUGGUAAAGCCUUCGCAUAUCAUGGUUAUCUUCAAAUCCAUAAAAGAACACAUACUGGGGAGAAACCCUAUGAAUGUAAUCAGUGUGGUAAAGCCUUUGCAUAUCAUAGUAAUUUCCAAAACCAUAAAAGAAGACAUACUGGAGAAAAGCCCUAUGAAUGUAAUCAAUGUGGUAAAGCCUUUGCCUGUCACAAUAGUCUUCAAAACCAUAAAAGAACACAUACUGGAGAAAAACCCUAUGAAUGUGAUCAAUGUGGUAAAGCCUUUGCAUAUCAUAAUUAUCUUCAAAUACAUAAAAAAAAGCAUACUGGAGAAAAGCCCUAUAAAUGUAAUCAGUGUAGUAAAGCCUUUGCAUGUUAUAGUACUCUUCAAAACCAUAAAAGAACGCAUACUGGAGAGAAACCCUAUGAAUGUAGUCAAUGUGGUAAAGCCUUUUCACAACCUAUUAAUCUCCAAAAGCAUAAAAGAAAGCAUACUGGAGAAACCUUGGAAAUAUAAUGAAUGUGAUAGAUCCUUUUCACAAUACCAUAGUCUCCAAAUACAUGAAAAGAAUGUGCUGGAGAGAAGAAGCCUUAUGAAUGUAAUCAGUGUGGUAAAUCCCUUUCAUGUGCAACUUCAAAGGCAGGAAAUAAUUCAUACUGUAAAGAGACCCAAAGAUAUCUCCAAAGAUAUAAAAGAACACAUACUGGAGAGAAAACCCUGUGAAUGUGAUCAAAAUGGUAAAGUCAUAUUUCAGAUCAGUACUUUCCAAAUUCAUAGACGAAUAUAUGCUGGAGAAAAACUCUGUGAAUGUUACCACUGAAGUCAAGCCUUUUCAUUACCAAGUAAUCUCCAAAUAUAUAAAAGAA